CGUCCAAGGGCCAACGCACCUCCGGAGAAGGCACGGCGGGAUCAACCGGUGGCGAAGAACCCACGACAAGACCUCGAGAUAUCCGCCGACAGAAACGAGGCGCUGCAAGAAGCACUCGUCGCGGUGUCGGCGGCUAGGGCUACGUUGCAGCAUGAACUUGAGGCAGCCUACAAGGCUUCAGAUGAGUUCUUACAGCAGUUGUCCUCCAUGACCCAGGAACGGGACAGUUUACAGCUCAUUGUUCAGGAAGGGCACGAGCACAGGGUGAAGACGCAGGACAUCGAACAGUUACAAGAAGAAGCACGACAACGCGAGGGCACUGUUGUGGCUGCCAGAAGGUUGACGGACGUACUGCAGAGCGAUACAACAUGCACGGUGUGCACUUUACGGAUGUGGCUACCCUAUGUUUUGCCCUGUGGCCACUCGGCGUGCCAAUUGUGCCUGCGCGAGUGGUUCAGCGAGGCCCUGAUGCAACACCUGGAUCGCAACCCUCAGUUAGAGUUGCCGAAUCUGCAGCCAUACCGCGAAGCUCUCCGCAACGCCGAACUACCAAGGGCAGAUCGGGAGCGCAUCAAAGCAGAGCUCGUCGACCUUUUGAAGGCCUACCCUACCCCGCAUUACACAUGCCCGAUUUGUCGACAGUCGAUCAAGACAAAGCCGAUCGAGGAUAUCGCUCUCAGGAGCAUUGUAUGUGCUGUCGCCAACGCGCUUGGAGAAGAGGACCCAAUGACAACGCACGGAGGGGACGAAGGAGUUCGCAGCAAUUGGGACGGGUUCUUCCUGCCUACGGCAUCUGAUCUCGAGCUCGAGUAAUACUGCCCAGUAAUGCACGCUGUUAUAUUCAUGUAUCAUGUGUAUUACGAUGGCGCCUACCCAGUCGUCCUUCCAGCACCAGCCUGAGUCCGUAU